UGCUUUUGCGAGCAGUAGAGCGGGCGCGCUCGUGUAGAACAGUAGCCGUUUUGGCACAAGCCGUGUUCUGAAGUCUUCGUCGGAAGGACGAGCAGCAGAGCCCACGCACUGCACGGCCGAGAGCUCACGCAUGCCGCUGUCCUUGCUGACCCUGCCCAUCACCAGGCGCGGAUCCAAGUCGUCCUCCCUGUCGGACUCCUCCGCCGAGGGCCCCGCCUUCCGCAGCAGCAGCGCGAGCACGUCGGCCUCCGGCCGGGGCGGCCUCCGCAGCAUCACGGUGAAGAACACCUUCAUCGACGUGGCCUCGCCGUCGGACGGCGAGCGCUCCGAGGGUGUGACGCCCCGCGGGGCCCAGACGUGGAGCCUCGCGGACGUGCGCCGUGGGGCCAGGGCCAGGCUGCUGGAGCCUCAGGAGACCGCGCUCGCGGCGGCGGACGACGACUCCGCCCGCGGCGGCGGCGACGACGGCACGCCCUCGGAGGCACGCCUCCACGAGAGCACCCCGUGGGGCGACUCGCCCGUGGCGCGCGCCGCGGCCCGGCUCCCCGGGGAAGAGGCCGCCGGCGCGCAGCAGCGUGCCGAGGUCGUGCUGCAGGUCCCCCUGCGGGUGCACCCCGGACACCCGCUGGCCAGCCUGGCGUCGAGCGGCCUCGAGCUCGACGUGGCGUACGAGGGCGGCCAGGCCGUCAUCCGGCUGAGGCUCGGCGCGGGGCUGCCCGGCGAGGUCGCGCUGGCGUCUCCGCCGGCCGUGGUGCCAGCACGCGCGGCGGUCGCUGGCGGCCAGGCCUCGAGGGGCAGCGGCGCCGCGGCGCCGCCUCGCCCGCCGAAGCGCGCCAGCGCCACAGGCACUGGCGCGCCGCGAGCUGGUGAGAAGAGCAACAUGGUCUGCUGCCACUGGAAGAACAAGGGCUGGUGCAAGUUUCAGGACACCUGCAAGUUCCAGCACCCUGACCACAAGAGGGGCGUGGGCCUCGCUGCCGCCGCGAAGGCGGCGGCGCUGGCUCAGCAGCAGCAGCAGCAGCAGCAGCAGCAGCAGCAGCAGCAGCAGCAGCAGGCGGCGCCAAGCCCUGCCGCGCAGCCCGGCGCCGGGGAGGUUGGGUGGCGCUUCCAGCCAGCAGCAGCCGUCACCGCGCCCGCCUUUCUCACACCACCGCCCGCAGUCUCGCCAAGGCUCCCGGCAGCACCUCCGAUGGUGCGCGGGGUUGCCGCUACAGGAGUGGCCGUGCCUGCUCAGCCUUGCGCGGCCUUCUUCUUUCGGUGAUGUUGUCUUGAAUGAUGCGCGCAGUUUUUUUAUUGACAGUGACUCUGUCAUUUAGACUCUCCACCUCGCCCGUCUUUGCCUCAGCACCGUCCGUGGAUGCUUCGAGCAUGAGUCUCGUGAGCUCCGGGCAGCUCUGGUAUGACUGCGGGUGUUGAACGUUGCUUAUUGCGGAGGGCCUCACGGCUGGUGCCGCCGACUCUGAAUGGAGACGACG